GUGCCCAAAAAGUGUCAAGAGCCCUUUAAUUAACCACCUUCUUAAUGGAUUUCGUACAGAUGUGAACAUAUUUGUGAUGAAAUGUCGUACUUGCACACCCACUGGAGAGAUGUUGAUGCAUGGAGGAAAGAAGGUCUCCCACUGUCAACAACAAGUAAUGAAGCUGCAAAAAUGUUUGAUGCUUCCCUCACUCAGGUUGUUGCUCAUCAUGAUGAUAAAAGUGUUGGUGGUCUAGAGAGUUCAGUUACCAGGAUGUUGCAAGCAGAUCCUGAUUUUGUUAUGGGUCAUGUUUUAGCAUCUUUUUGUCUGCCUGGUCAUGUAAAGCAUUCUGAUGUUGCUCAAUUACUAGCCACGGAAAAUAACCUUACUGACAGAGAAAUGCUCCAUGUUAAGGCUUCAAAAGAGCUAGCAGCUGGAAAUAUGAUUAAAGCACAAGCGAUGUGGGAUGACAUUCUGAUCGCAUACCCCAGGGACAUACUUGCACUGAAAAUGCUUUCCAACCACAGCAUAUUUGUUGGACCUAAGGAUUUGUUAAGGGAUAGUGUGGCAAGAGUGUUUCCACAUUGGAAGCAAGAAAUACCACUAUAUGGGUAUCUCUUUGGUAUGCAUGCCUUUGGGUUGGAAGAGACGAACUUCUACAGAGAAGCAGAGAAACAAGCUCGCAAGGGAUUGGAGCUGAUUCCUACAGACACGUGGGCAACACAUGCCUUGGCGCAUGUUAUGGAGAUGGAAGGCCGACAGGAUGAAGGGAUUGAAUUCAUGAGUAAAACCGUGGAAAACUGGAAGCCUUGCGAGUCUUUGGCCUGUCACAAUUUCUGGCACUGGGCUUUGUAUUAUAUUGAGAAGGGAGACUAUGAAGCAGCGCUUAAUGUCUAUGAUACUGAGAUGGCUCCACGAUUUAAAGUAAGCAAGGUUUUUACGCUGAGGGAUGGAUCAUCUCUAUUGUACAGACUGAAACUUGAAGGAGUCGAUGUUGGAGACAGAUGGCAACAGCUUUGUCAGUAUUGGGAAAGCCAUGCAAACGACCAUUUAAUGGCAUUUAGUGAUACUCACAUGCUUAUGAGCACGCUGGGUGCCAAAAAUGAAGACUUAACCAUGAAACUGUUGGAUUCCUUGAGGAAAUAUGUUAGAGAUGGGUCAGGCUACAAUUGUGAAGUAUCACGUACGGUUGGUCUCGCCAUCUGCGAAGCAUUUGUGGAAGCUGAUAAAGGAGACUUCGAUAAAGCUGUGUCGAUUUUGAAACCUCUUCGUUAUAAAGUAGAUCUUAUAGGAGGAAGUCGAGCUCAGCGAGAUGUUUACGAGUUAUUCUUGAUAAAUGCUGCCAUGCACUCUCAUCGAAAGGAGGAUCACCAAUUUGCCAGAUGUCUUAUUGCUGAAAGGAAAGCCAAAAAAGAUAACGCACCCCUGACGGACAGACUUAUGGGACAAGUACUUCCUCUUUUAUAACAAUGACAUGGAGUAAUAAUAAUAAUGACCUAGUUGACCAGGGUAAACCCAUCAGCUGAAGUUGUUAUUAAUUGGUGCCCUGGGCAACUGAAAAUUAUCAGUUAAUGAAAAAUUAACUAUUACAGAUGAACCAUCAGAAAAAUGUAAAAGAUAUGUACAGUGUCGAUGGAUAAAAACUGAAGUGAUAUGUUUUAUUUUUGUCAAUCCACAGGGAAUUAUUUCGUGCGGACUCACUGAGCUUAUAUAUACUGAGUCUCUCAUCAUUACUUACCUUUCACGUCUAAUCGCAACGCUAUCAUCAUCAUCAUCAUCAUCGUCACUUUAUUUGCCUUUUUCAACUACGCAAAUUAUUUAACUACAGAAUUCUGAUUUAAAAAAGGCGAGAAGACCCACGAAGCCACCGAGCUUAUGGGAGAGCCCACCUCACUUACCACAUUAUAUUUAAGAACAAGUGCUGCGCAUGAGUGGCUCAGCCAAUUCAGCGAUUAUUCAGGGAUCAAACACUGUUUAGAUCUCACUUUCUUAUUUAACCUUUCAAACGGGAGUUAGAGGGAGGAAGGUCUUUCACACUAGUACCGACCACACGUCUCUGAAAUAACACCCGAAUUCAAUUCAGGAGCGAAUAGAAUUGAGCUUGCUUCUAGAAGUCAAUUCUGAACAUUCUAUGAAUUAUAAGCAUCUAGACCAUUAUGUCAUAUAUUUUAAUUCUCUGUAAAUAUAUGAAAAUGUAGAGUUGAUUUUAUUUUUGUUUGUAGCUGUACCUUUAGAUAUUUUAGCCGUUCUUUUAAUCAUCUUUA